GUUACACUGCUCGAGGAGGAAGGACAUGGAUCCCAGUCUGACAGGUACGGCGAAGCUGCUGCCUGCUGAAACUAACCCGAAUACCCCACGCUGGGCUGCUCCACUCCUGAGCCACUGGGCUGAUCCUCCUGACGCCUCUGCGUGGGGAAACGAACACUGUGGAGAUGGAUGACUUCUGGACUCUGGCCCUCUGGGCUCUGAAGAUCUGGCUCUACCUCAUCGUGGGCCUCAUCAUGGUCCCGGCCAUGUUCGGCUUCUCGCUCGGCGUCUCCGAGACCUACAUGACCAUCCUGGUGAAAACCUUAGAGUGGGCCACUCUGAAGAUACAGAAAGUAUACGCAGAGGAAAGGACACGCAGAGCCUCUUCAUCUAAUGGUCUCAUCGAGAGGGAAGAUGGCUCAAUGGAGAAAGAGUUGGAGGAACUCCGACGCAGUCGCCCCAAACCGCCAGUGGGCGGUGAUUUCACACUUAGUGACUCCUUCUAUUUCACCCGCCGAGGAAUUGAGACCAUUGUGGAGGAUGAGGUGACGCAGCGGUUCAGCUCGGAGGAGCUGGUGUCGUGGAACUUGCUGACUCGCACCAACGUGGACUUCCAGUACAUCAGCCUGAGGCUGACGCUGCUCUACGGCCUCGGCAUCGUGGUGAGGUACUGCAUCCUCGCCCCGCUCAGGAUAACUCUAGCCUGCAUUGGUCUCACCUGGUUGGUCAUAGGAACAUCUGCAGUUGGACUACUCCCAAACUGGAGGAUGAAGUUCUGGCUCAGCGAAUGGGUCCACGUGAUGUGCUACCGGAUCUGCGCUCGAGGACUCUCUGCCACCAUCCGCUAUCACGACAGGGAAAACAAACCCCAGAAGGGAGGCAUCUGUGUCGCCAAUCACACCAGUCCCAUUGACAUAGUGAUCCUCUGCAACGAUGGGUGUUACGCUAUGGUGGGGCAGGUACACGGAGGUUUGAUGGGAGUCCUCCAGAGGGCCAUGGUGAGGUCCUGUCCCCACGUCUGGUUCGAGAGAGCAGAGAUGAAAGAUCGCCACCUAGUGACCAAAAGGUUGACGGAUCAUGUGAACGACAAGACAAAGCUCCCCAUCUUGAUAUUUCCAGAGGGAACCUGUGUGAACAACACGUCCGUCAUGAUGUUCAAAAAGGGGAGUUUUGAAAUCGGGGCGACGAUAUAUCCGGUGGCCAUCAAGUAUGACCCAAAGUUCGGAGACGCUUUCUGGAACAGUUCCAAGUAUAGCAUGGUCAGUUACCUGCUGAGGAUGAUGACCAGCUGGGCCCUGGUCUUAAAUGUCUGGUACCUGCCGGCCAUGAACCAACAGGAGGGGGAAGAUGCAGUCCAGUUUGCCAACAGGGUGAAGUCGGCCAUCGCUCACAAGGGAGGGCUGUUGGAUCUCCAGUGGGAUGGAGGCCUGAAGAGAGGGAAGGUGAAGGAGUCGUUCAAAGAGGAGCAGCAGAAGCAGUACAGCAGCAUGGUGGUGGGAGACGACAGCAGCAGCAGUGACUGAGACGGACCCCCGCCCUGUGGAGGACACACUCUCACUGGAAACCCCCCCCCCCCCCCCCCCCCCACACACACACACACACACACACACACACACACACACACACAUGUUCUCACUAGCUGGGCCUGAUGCCGCCAAGUGGACUUUUAAACCCACUGUGAAACCUCAGGUACAGCCAAAAGAAGGGGGGGUGGAGUCUCAGCGAUUCACAGAAAAGUGCAAUAUUGAACUUGACGAGGAGCUGAUCGUGAAAAGGGUGGUGGUGGUGUGGGAGUGGGUGGGGUGGGGUGCACACUCCUUGUUGUUAAUGCUGCAGAAGAAACCGGAGCCGCUGCAGCGAUUCGAAACCUGCGACUGCGGGACGAGCCGUUCAGAAAAACUGGAUUCGGGAACGCUCACGGGGCCGGUCGACUUCAUUCACGUUGAUUUUUCUUUACAACUUCUAGUGUGGACCUGGACACAUUUUUGGACGCCGUUGUGCUGUUUUUUUUUUGGACAUUAUUAUCAUUAUUUAAUGCAGAGUUGAUCUGAGAUGAUCUGGAUUUUAGCAUUCAAAUAUUUUUUUAAUGUCUUUAGCUCUUGUAGUGUUGUAUUGCAACACAAUUAACACUGAGCACCCACAUGACAGUUUCGACUGUUUGAACAAUCUUUCAUUGUUGAACUUAACACUGAUAUAGACAUAAUACACUAUUUUUUUGGUGGGGGGGGGUUCUUCAAAAAGGAAACUGCACUUUUUUUGUUGAAAGUUUGACCCCACACAGAACUGUUAACAUGACAUGGACACACGAGACACGAGGGUUUGGCACUUAAAUAAUACACAAGAACAUCGAGUGUGCAAGAUAGUUCAUUAAAUGUCCACUCGAGACGUGGCGGCCUCAAAGGAGAACGCACAGCCGAGACUUUUUGGAUCUCUCUCCAAUGAGCGCUUCUCCUGAAGUGUGAUCCUCCAUGCUGCCGUCUUCCUGUGGGCUCCCAUCUUUGGCUCCUGGAAGCAAAUGAAAGAUGGAUUUAAACCCCU